CCUGCCCGGUUGAGAGCUCAGUCGGUGUCCGCCAGGUUGAAAAUCCGUGACUUCUCCUCGUUUCGUACGUGACUUUUCCCAUUUUUAUUAAAACGGCGCGAGAAAAGUGGAAAAAAGAAGAUAUGAAAUACAGCGAAACAUAUAGAGCUGACAAUUACUCUUUAUUGAAUGCUGGUUAAAACGUCCGUCGAUGAAAUUGGCGAUGAACAUCGGGUUUUCUUAAAUUAGCAGAAAGUCAGGAAGACGUUAGACAAGGCUUUUUCUGUGCAAACUCGAUUACAGUGGAUGUGAGUGCGCGCUUCGAUACAUGCGCGAUCCCACGCGUGUCGCAAACAACGUGUGUGUGUGUUUACAUAUGGUGAUCUGUGUCGACUGUGUAACAACCAACAAGCAAGAAUCGUGAUUUUGGAUUGCAGCAAAUUCGUCGACGACCGAUUAGUGUUACCGGCUAUUUUAUAGACAUGCUUGGGUUCGACAGCAGACAGUAACACUAGGUGACACACCGGCGUAUAUAACACACGCAUGAGCAUACACUAGCGUACACAGUUAUGGCAAGGACAACGACUGCGUGGUUUUGCUGCUUACUCUGCGUGUUUUUAUGCCUUCGUAACGUCACUUCGAAAGCUGGCUUGUGCGAGGUAGAGUCAGGACAAUCGAAUAUCAUUCUUGACAUCGAGGAGAGCAGAGGAGAUGCGAUCGAUCAGAAGACCGUGCCGGAGGAACUUCCGGUAUCUGGCGAUCCGUAUAACGAGACCACGCUGGAGUUGAUCUUUCCUGGAAGACAGCCUCGUUUUAAACUGAAUGGAAAGAAACUGCAGCUGUUGGAUCCUCUGGAUAGGGACGAUGAAAAUCUCUCGCACGUUGUUUUUCAGUUAAGCUGUACGGUGAAGCAAACGAACAAGAAACGGACCAUACCGGUGAUUGUGCGAGUGUCAGAUAUAAACGACAAUGCGCCGAAAUUCAUUAACACGCCAUACGAGACAACGGUGCCAGAGUUAACUCCAGUUGGUUCGACCAUCUUCAAAAACGUGGUGGCCGUGGACGCGGAUGCCGGUGUAAACGGCAUCGUGGAAUACUCGAUCGCUCCUGGUGACGGAACCGGCAUUGGCAACAAUGACGGAGUUGGUCGAAAUAGAAUAACAACGGCCGAUGGAUACGGUUAUUUCAGCAUUAACUUACCUCAUCAAGGCCAAGUUACUGUUAACCGUACCUUGGAUUUUGAAAGAACGCAACGAUACCUCGUCACUAUUUUGGCAUCGGAUCGUGCAAGGAACGUAUCCGAGAGGUUCACAUCUACCACCACCUUGACGGUAAAUAUCAGAGACGACGAUGAUCAAGAUCCUUCCUUCAUCUAUCAAGGUUGUAUGUUGUUGGAUGGCGCCUGCAUUAAUCCAGAAUAUUCGGCAUCCGUAUCGAGUGGAGUGUUAUCCGGGAUACUUAAUAUAUCGCCGGAGAAAAUACAAGCGGUUGAUAUGGACAGUAUAAACGCACCCAUUCAUUACUCGUUUCUCAGUGGCAAUCCAUCGAAUUAUCGAGAAUUUUUCGAAAUAAACCCAAACACUGGCGCCGUGAAGCAAAUCAAGGCGGUCGACACAACGGUUACCAAGAAGUUCGAUAUCAUCAUCAAGGCUGUCGAGGUGUCGGAAGCGAAACGAUCGGCCACAGCGAAAUUGACCAUCACUGUGAAGCCAGUCGACAGUAACCCCCCGAUUAUAACGGCAUCGAACAUAGAGGGUUUCGUCGAUGAGAAUGCGCCGAUUGGAACAAAGGUUAUCGACAAAAUAGGCAAUCCUGUGGUACUCACUGUUUCGGACGCUGAUUUGGGGCCCGAAGAUCCGAAACCAGCUUACACUUUCGAAUUAACUACCAAUUUCUUCGCGAUCGAUCCUUCCGGUAUACUCGUCGUGAACGAAGAGAAUCUGGAUCGUGAUCCUCCGAGUCCUGGUCGUUUCCGGUUUCAAGUGGUGGCCAGAGAAAAGACGGGCGUUGCUGCAUCCGCGCCAUUAUCCUUCGUGGUGAUAUUGAACGACGUUAACGACAACGCACCUAUGCUUCCUAUGAUAGCUCCCAUCACCGUUCAGGCUGGAGAAACAAAGAAAGUAGUGACAAAGGUGGAGGCAACGGAUAACGACGAAGGGGAGAAUGCCGAAAUAACGUACAGCAUCUAUCACGUGUCGAAUAACGGACUACAUAAGUUUAAAAUCGAUCCGAAGACCGGCCUAAUCGAAUCCGUGAGAAAGCUGAACGCGGGCGAACAAUUCAGCAUUACCGUACAAGCUACUGACAAGGGUGGAAAAUAUUCACAGACGAUCGUCGAGGUAAACGUGAUUCCUGGACCCAAUACCAGGAGUCCCGUCUUCCAGCAACCGGUAUACGAGGUGCAAGUCAGCGAGGGAGCUUCCAUUAAUUCCACGGUCGCGACGAUUACCGCAGUUGACCCAGAGAACGAUCCAGUGUCGUACUCGAUCGUAUCGGGAAACGAUCUGCGUCAAUUUGCGAUCGGUGACAAAUCAGGCGUGAUCACUGUUAUAAGGAAGUUGGACAGGGAGGAUCUGACCCGUUAUCAGCUGCUGAUAAAGGCUGAAGAUUCUGGCGGUUUGUUCAACACGGCAACGGUAAACAUCAAAGUAACGGACAUCAACGACAAGAAUCCAGAAUUCGUCGACUUGCCUUACGAGUUUACUGUGAAAGAAGGAGAAGCUAGGAAAUUAAUAGGUCGGGUGCAUGCUGAAGAUGCCGAUGAAGGCAUCAACGCAGAAAUCACGUAUUUCGCGCCGGACGACAUACCGUUCACCGUCGAUCCUGAAACUGGAGAUGUGUUGACGAAAAUCGUUUUGGACUAUGAGCAAAAUGAUGAAUACAAAUUUGUGGUAACGGCGAGAGACGGCGCUCCUGAUUACCGCUUAGCUACUGCUACGGUUACAGUGAAAGUUAUAGAUGUCGAGGACGAAGUUCCUGUUUUCCAUCAAAGCAGCUACGAGGCUCGAGUUAAAGAGAAUAUACCAGAUUUCACGGUGCUUCAAGUAACGGCUGAUGAUCCGGAUACAAAGAAGCAAAUCACGUACAUGAUUAAACAAGGGAACACCGAACUAUUCGACAUAGACCCGAAGACCGGAGCCAUAAAAACCGUUCGCGGCUUGGACUAUGAGAGGGAGAACCAGCAUAUCCUUAUAAUUGGCACCGUCGAAAAUACCAGCGAUUCGCCUGGUUCUACUACGAGAGUCGUGGUCAAUGUCCAGGACGUUAACGACAUUCCACCAGUGUUCACGUCAGUUCCUCGUCCGAUUACGCUGGAUGACGACGUUCCCAUUGGCACGACGGUCAUUAAUCUCAUAGCAACAGAUUCCGAUGGCACUGCUCCUGGAAAUCAAGUGAGAUACGAAAUUGUCGGCCGUGAAAUAGCGAACAAAUAUUUUGUGAUCGAUCCGGACACUGGCGUGCUUAGGAUACGAGACGACUUGCGCAAGGAAACGAACACUGAAUAUCAGGUUGAUGUUCGCGCGUACGACAUGGGAGAACCGCAAUUGGCGUCUGUCACGACAGUGCCAGUUUAUGUUCGUCACGUGGCCACGGUGCCGCCAGAAAUCGGCUUAGGUUUUGCAGAAAAUUCCUACAACGUCGAAGUGCCGGAAGAUGCGGGCGACGAUACGUUGAUCAAGAUAAUCACGGUGAUUAACAGUCACGCACACGAUACUACGCCGUUAAAAUGCGAAAUUUAUAGCGGUAACGAGAAGGAAUUGUUCGAGGCGAAUGUUACGGAGGAACGGAAUUGCGCGCUUAAACUCAGGAAAGGAGUCUUGGAUUACGAAACAACGGAAUCCUACCAAGUGAAACUUAAGUUGGAAUCUUUAUCCGGUCUAUUGAAUACCGACAGGAAUACAACGAUGGUAAAGAUUCAAGUGCUCGACGUAAACGACAAUAAACCGGAGUUCAUUUUCGCGGACAGCAGAGCAAAACUAUCGAGAGGACGUUACUUCGCUGCGAUUCCCCGAACCGCCCAGUUCGCGUCGACGGUUAUACAAGUGAAAGCACACGAUAAGGAUAACGGAAAGUACGGGAAACUCGAGUACAAAAUACUCGGUGGACGAGGAUCGGACUACUUCGCCAUGGACAGUUCUUCCGGAAUAAUAAGAACCACCGCGACUUUCGAUAACGUGGAUCUGUCCGAGCUUCCAUUCAAAUUCGACGUUCGAGUUCGAGAUAAUCCUAAUUCGACGGACAACUUUAACUCGAUCGUAGCUCCGGUUAUAGUGAAUCUGAUCGAAGAGGAGAAUCUAAUGAUUCUAGUAGUUCAGGACGCGCCACCAGACGCGUUGCAAAAGGAAGCAUCCAAGAUCGCUGGUAUCAUCGAGGAGAAGAGCGGUCUUCUGAUCGGCAUCGAUAGAGUAGCAGUGAGAAAAAAUUUGACGAAGAAUGGAACCGUCGAGAUGUACCCUCAAGAUUCCGACGUGUGGUUCUACGCGAUCGAUCCAGAUACAGAAGCUAUUUUAGAUAGGAACAGUUCGCGUAUACAAAGAUCGAUUAUCGAGAAAACGGCUAUGUCGAAUAUCACGUUCGACGUGUCGACGCUGGUCCGAGCGAACGCGAUAGACAUUCACGCGCCAGUAAUGCCAGCCGAGUCGGUACGCACGCAAACCGCCAUCGCUUUCAGCGGCGAGGUAUUUCCGUAUGCCUUGAUAAUCAUCGCGUGCGUCAUCUUGAUCCUGGGCAUAGCUGGCAUCAUCUAUAUAUGCGUCUCCUGGUCCAGAUACAAAGCGUACAAGGAACGAAUGCAGCGGAUGUACGUCGUGCCCCGUUACGAUCCUGUGUACGUCGAGCCAAAUUUGAAAGAAUACGAGACACAGGUGCUUCAAAUGAGCGUGCCUGUCGACGACAACGACAGCUAUAACGAUCUCCAGCUUGAUUUCAGCAAUAAGAAUCACGCGUUCAGCUUGGACAAUGUUAGCUAUAUUACCAAAGAUCACGGAGAAAGUACCGGUCAACAGAGCCCUGUAAGUUCGGAAGCGGCGACCACAGCACGCGCUUCCAGCAUAGUCGGUACCCACGGAGAGACGAACAUUCACUCAUUGCGACGAUCGACCCUUGGUAGAAAGAAUCAUAGCAGCAACGCGAACACGUUGAACAACCACGACACGACGCCUGUCUUAAAUCCACUCUACAGUCACGGUAACGAUCUACUCAGUCCUAGUCCGUCGAACGAUAACGUCACGUUCAGAGAAAAGAGGGAUUAUUCUCAUCUAGGAUUCACGUACUUGGGUGAACAAAGCCCGGUAGAAACGACCACGGAGUUAUAAAAAAGAUCGCGCGUGAAAUUAAAGACGAGCGAGAGGCUCGGAUAUGCUCAACUCGAAACUUUUGCUAGAAUUCUUGCUCGAGGUUUUGCGCUGUGCGAUCAUUUUUUUACGAUUUUUUUACGAUAUCGACCUAUCGGUUAAAAGAGACAAAUUACAGCGUCGCGUUGCCAAGUAUUCGUUAUUAAUGGUGCGACGUCGCCGACGCCGGCGCGACGCUCGUUUCCAAAGGUGAUUGCGCGUUUUUCAGAUUAAAUUCGCGAGGAUUAAAGCAAAGUUGGUUUCGUAGCUUUGCCCGAGGCGACAACCGAACCGAAACGAACCGAAAGCAAGCGCCAGCGCAUUUUUAAACGAGCACAAGAAUUUGUUCCACGUGACGAACUUUCGAUCGAAUUGUUGCGACGAAUAGAGCAGCGCAUGUGCCACGACGCGAAACGACAUCGCGAAUACUCUCCUCUAUCGACGACGAACAAAAUCCGGCGAGCUUCUCUCUGCGAAAAACGUCGAAAAACGUCGAAAAAGGUCGAAAAGCGUUGAAAAACUUUCAACGUUGUUCGUCGCGCGUCGCGAUUCUAUAAAAUGCGAAUCAACGUGGCACGACGCGAUCAAAAUCGUUAUUUUCACGGUUUUCUUUAGAAAGUCCGCCACCGAGCGCGGUUAUCACGACUGUACAACGAAAUUGCCAUCGAUUUUGCGACAAUAACGCGCGACUUCAAUGUGAUUUAUGCUUCUUGCUCCGAUGCAAUGACCAAAAAUGCUGCGUGCUCGUAAUAUAAUCGAAAAGCAAAAUCGGAAGAUCGAGGCACCGUUCAAGCACGAGUCUUUCGAGUCUCCUCCGACUAUCGCCUGAUAUUCUCAGGGUUAGCGACAGUGAAAUUGGUUCUUUUUUUCUUUUCUUUUUUUUCUUUUUCUCUUUUUACUUUACAUCGAGAUACGAAUACACAUUUCGUUCAAGUAUUCGUUCGUCGGUUAUUUGUAGCGACGGCGACAAUAUAAAGAAUAUACUUCGAACGUAUAUACGCAUAGACCGUUGUUACGUCGCUGCCGCUGCGAAUAUUUCGCCUUGGUGACGAAGGUCGUUUACAUCGAAUCUAUUCUGUGCAAUAGUUGGUUAUCUCCCGCGAUAAUGUCGACGAAAUAGAUUUCAUUUUGCGCACGAUGCGUCCAUCGUCAAUUCUCGUUUACGUCUAAAUCGAUGAUACAAAUUUUUAUUGGAAACAUGUGCAGAGAACGCAUAGCAGUGAUCAUGAGUCAUCGUACCGUCCAACGUAGUAGUAAGGAUUAAUAAUAAAAUAAUAGAUUUCUAAAUGUUGUAUGUGAGCGAAUAAUGGAACGUGUGCACUGUGUAUAUGUGAUCGGCCCGCGAACUUAAAUACGUAUAUGCAUGAGAGAGACGCCCGUAAAACCAUUUGUAUAAUAAGAUCUUUUUAUUUAUAAUUGCGCGUUUGCUCAUAUUAUUAUUAUUAUUAUUAUUAUUAUUAUUAUUAUUAUUAUUAUUAUUAUUAUUAUCAUCAUCAUCAUCACUCGACCAAUGGUACACAUCGUUGUUACGUACUGUUACAGAGUGAAAAUUUUCUUCGGCUAUUCACGCGUUAUUUUCUCUCGCAAACAUUUUUUAUUCCCUUUCUUUCUUUUAACCUUGAACUACGAAGCGGUCCGCUCUUUCAAAGUGCGGUUCUUUUUGUAGAUAUUCGAUAAGUAGGAGGGUGAUUACGCAAUUAAAUAUAAAAUACGUGAAACGCGUUUAAAUACGAAGAUACUUACGAUUAUUGAUCGGCAAAUAUCGCGUACUUGAUAUAAUAAUUUCCAAUACAGAUUUAUUUCGAGCCUUGUAUGUAAGAUCUGCUAAAUCGAUUAUUUGCAUCCAUUACGUUAUGCGGUGAACGAUAUCCAAUAUUGUAAUUUAUAAUAUAAGGGAAAAUUGUGAGACUUGAUCGAUUAAAUCUCUAGUCGUAUGGCGAACACCUUUAUAACGAAUCUCUCGAUCGUUUCCACUUUCUUUAGGAUACAACGUUGAAAAAUUAUCCGCAUCGCCGAUUCUUUGACUAGAGCGUUAACAUCUUUUACUCAUAGUUGUUUAAAGUACGAAUGCUGUAAAAAUUGUUAAUACCUAAUAAAUCCAUUAUAUUUACGUAAA